AUGGCACAGAAGAAGUAUUUCCGGUGGGGCAAAGGGGCAUCGAGCUGUAGACAUCAGACUGUGGUGGAAGUGUUGACCAUUCCUGAUGGUGCUGACGUUGGAGACUUUCAGAAGGGAGUGUACAAGGAAUAUGAGCGUUCUCUUCCACGUGAAAUUCGCGCCUCAGCCCUGAAAGUUUUCGCGAGCUGCGACGCGAAGACACCUCUGGAAAUCGGCGAAAGUUUGGAUCUCUACGGAGUGAAUGAAGAUAACCCGCUCCUCGUGGAAGAGCCCGAGGUCUGGUAUAAGCUAAUGGAAGCCGGCAACAACACGCCGUUCGCAGGCACCAGCGUGGACUCAGUCUCACUGACCGAGGACAACACAGUGAAGGAUAUGCGGAAUGCAGUGUUUGCUGCAUGUCAAGCCAUUCUCCCCGGUAGGGUGCCAAGUCAACUCGUGCUUUUUAAGGACCAGACGGCAUAUAAUUCAAGUGAGCCUUUGGCUGUCGAGUCACGUUUAAAGUCGCUUGGGCAAACAAAGGAGACUACGGUCAUCGUGACGGUUCCUGUGACGACGGUACGGACGAGAUCUCGGGAGGAGCCGAAAGAUGAAGUUGAUGAGGCUCCAGCGAAACGUAGAAAAGCGAGCGCUUCUAGCAGCAAGUGGCAAUGGAAAGACGAAGAGGAGGAGCCAGUCUAUUCUGUCGAGGGAGGCAAACUGUUUUUCAUGAGCCAAGAUCGUCCGACGCUAGAGCUUCUCGAAUCCUACCACGGCAACUACAAUUGCGCAAAAAGGGGCGAAGGCAACGUGGUGAUCCCUCUGAUAGACCAUAUCCCCGGCCUAGGCAAGUCUACGUUCAGCCAAGAGUUUAUUCGGACAUGCCGACAGAGAAUGGAUAGGUUCGCGGAUGCCUCCAUUAUGCAGAGCAGCUUUAUGGAUACUAAUCUGACGAUCGAGGUUGGUCCAUUGUUCAUCGUGAUCGAGAUUGGCAAGGCAUUUGAAGUCGACCUUGUUGACAUCGAGAAGAAGGACCGGUCCAUUGAGUUCUGCCACGAUAUUUUGAUGCCUUUAUUUUCGAUUGAGAAGCUGUUUUUCUUGGUUGCUGGCUGGGCGCCUUUCCUGAGCUUCGUACCAGAGGGGUCGAGUGGUGAUCGGCUAGAGUUUCGACGACUGAGCUUGGAUUUAAUGCAGCCGUCUGUAAUCGAGGAAGUUAUCGAGAAUACGCAUUGGGACGAUAACAAAACGGAGACUAUCCAGGCGCACUGCAAGCUUGAUGACGGUCAAGCGGCCAAAAGUGCUCAUUACCUCUACCAAAUAGUUUUCGGCCACCCACGAUCACUUCUUCAUGCCUUUAGAACUUGCCACUCGUACGAUGAACUCGUUGCGUACGAGCCGCCAGAUCAACCGGAGGCCCUCGCUGAUGGGGAGCACAACGGGGAGCGCUUGAAGCAGUUCGCGACACCGCUAAAAGCGUUCGUGGACAGUUUUCGAAGAAAUGUGCCGAUUGAUCUGUCAGCGACCUGCAAGGCUGGAGACGGGAAAACGAUCACGUACGCCGCUAUCGCAUACAUUUUUGGGAUCGACUGGGAGGGAACCUUACAUCGGGCGACGCUGUACAUCCCGGCGUAUAUCCGACGCGUGCUGUACCUCUCCUACUUCUCGUUCCGAGAGAUGGUUGUGCAAUUCGGAGGCAACUAA